AUGGCGCCGGCGCAGCGCUGUGCCCUGUGCCGCCAGACCUUCUUCUGCGGCCGCGGACACGUCUACAGCCGCAAGCACCGGCGGCAGCUGCAGGUGGCCCUGGAUCGGCUCCUGCCGCAGGUGGAGGCCGCCCGCAAGGCCAUCCGCUCGGCGCAGGUGGAGCGGUACGUGCCCGAGCACGAGCGGGGCUGCUGGUGCCCGUGCUGCGGCUGCGAGGUGCGCAAGCACCUGAGCCACGGGAACCUGACGGUGCUGCACGGGGGGCUGCUGGAGCAUCUGGCCAGCCCGGAGCAUAAGAAAGCAACGAACCGAUUCUGGUGGGAGAACAAGGCCGAGGUUCGGAUGAAGGAGAAGGUUCUCGUCUCCCCUCAAGAGUAUGCGCAAUUCAAGAAAUCCGUGGUGAAAGGUUUGGAUUCCUAUGAGGAAAAAGAGGAUGAGGUGAUCAAAGAGAUGGCGGCUCACAUCCGCGAGGUGGAGCACAGCCGGCAGGAGUUGGUGCGGUCCACCUUAGAGCCUCAGGCAGUGCCAAACCCGGAAGAGGGCUCUUCGGCACCUGGAAGCUGGAAAGGGACCAACGGUCAAGUAGCCUCCACUUCGCAGUGGCCCUCGUCCUUGGACCUGCCGCCCGCCCCGGAGCCUGACUGGAUGGAGACAGGACAGCCUCUGACAUUCAUUGGUCAUCAGGACACACCAGGAGUUGGUAACAUCCACUCAGGCGCCACACCUCCCUGGAUGGCCCAAGACGAGGAGCACAGCUCUGGGAACCAACAGAUAGGACCCUCCUAUGAGGAAUUUCUUAAAGAGAAGGAAAAACAGAAACUGAAGAAACUCCCCCCAGACAGAGUGGGGGCCAACUUUGACCACAGCUCCAGCACCAGCGCGGGCUGGCUGCCCUCCUUCGGCCGGGUCUGGAAUAACGGACGCCGAUGGCAAUCCAGGCAUCAAUUCAGAACCGAAGCCGCAGCGAGGAGCAAACGGCAGUCACAUAAAGAAAAGCCGGUUUCUUAAGGCUCAAAGCCAGGUCAGCUCCCCUGCACCUGCUAUUAUCCUUUGUGACUGCCUCUCUUAAGGAACAGACG